AUGUCCCUCCCCAACGUGUGGCAUCUCCGCCGCGUGGCGGACAACGCGGCCAAAGCAUGUUUCGUCUGCUACAAGCCGUCGAGCAGUGUGUUGAUCACGCCUGAUAAUAAAGACUUCUUCUACAUCUGUCCGGUCCAUCUCAAGGAUCGCGGCUUCUGCUCGCCAAUUGUCGAUACAGAACAGGAGGCUGCGAAGAAGAAAGAGGAGGCUUUUGCCCGGGAGAUUGAGAAGGUGAAGCAGGAGUAUGAGGAGAAGCAGAGGAGGAAGAAAGAGAAGGAGAAAGAGAAAGAAAAAGAAAAGGAAAAGGACAAGACGAAAGAAGAUAGCGGAGAAAAGGAGAAAGAGGAUGAUAGCAAGAUUGCGGAGAAGGAAAAGAAUGAUAAGAUUGAGGCGAUCAAGAAGGCGGCUUCAGCAGGAGAAUCCAAGCAGGAUGAUUCUCCCCGGAUUUUUGCUCUACACAAGACCUUCUACCAGAUGCGUAUCAACCGCUUACGCAGUCUGGAGAUUUUGAAGAGGAAUGCUGAGCGGUUAAGGGAUCCGUCUGCCUUUCCUUCUGUGCCUAAGGGAGAUCUGUAA